AUGACGGGCCUAUUCGGCAACAUCACCUCAAAUACUGCCACAGCAACCACCACAACGACGGGUGAUAUCUCAAAGGAUGUAGCCCUGGUUGCUCCGCCAGAAGAUAGCAUUUCAGAUCUUGCCUUCUCCAGCCAGAGUGAUCACCUCGCCGUUGCAUCAUGGGACAAGAAAGUGCGCAUCUAUGAGAUCAAUGAGCAGGGGAUGAGCGAAGGAAAAGCCAUGUUCGAACACCAGGCUCCCGUUCUUAAUUGCUGCUGGUCUCCGGAUGGCUCAAAGGUAGUUGGUGUCGGAGUAGACAAAGCGGCCCGCAUGCUCGACCUCCAGGGUAACCCUACCACCCCUGUCCAAGUUGCCGCCCAUGACGCGCCUAUUCGAAGCUGCUGCAUGAUUCAAAACCCUGGAAACUCGGCCCAACCACUCCUCGUCACCGGCUCGUGGGACAAGACAGUUAAAUACUGGGACCUAAGGCAGUCAACUCCAAUUGGAACAUUGCAGUGCCAGGAGAGAGUCUACUCCAUGGAUGUCAGCAAAACCCUUCUUGUCGUUGCCACGGCGGACAGAUAUAUCAACAUCGUUGACCUUAACCAACCAACAAACAUAUACAAAGUCAUGCAGUCUCCACUCAAGUGGCAGACAAGGGUUGUGAGCUGUUUUACGGACGGAACUGGAUUCGCGAUAGGGAGCAUCGAAGGCCGAUGCGCAAUUCAGUAUGUGGAGGAGAAAGACUCCAGCUCAAACUUCAGCUUCAAGUGCCACCGUGAAACGCCCCAAGGUCAAUCGAACGUGAGCAACGUCUAUUCAGUCAACUCUAUCGCCUUCCAUCCUCAACACGGCACAUUCAGCACUGCUGGGAGCGACGGGACCUUCCAUUUCUGGGAUAAGGAUGCAAAACAUCGACUCAAGGGCUACCCGUCCGUCGGAGGCACCAUAUCUACCUCAACAUUCAACAGAAACGGAAACAUUUUUGCCUAUGCUGUUAGCUAUGACUGGAGUAAAGGUUAUACUGGUAACACCCCACAGACACUAAACAAGGUCAUGAUGCACCCAGUCACGCCAGAGGAGGUAAAACCAAGAGCAACAUCAGCAAACGCACGAAGGAACAGAUGA